AUGAUAGCAAAGCGAAGUCGCCCCAUCAAUGAUGGGGAUUUUGUAAAAGAAUGCAUAGAAAUUGCCGCUAAGAAAAUGUGUCCAGAAGCAGCAAAAACGUUUGAGAAAAUUCAACUGAAUCGUAUGACUAUCCAAAGACGAAUAAUGUCUUUGUCAGCACUCGACGAAUCCACUGAUAUUAGUUCCACAGCUCAACUUCUGAUAUUCAUACGAGGUGUUACUCAAGAUUUUGAAGUCUUAGAAGAGUUAUUAGGAAUGUGUUCAUUGAAAGGUCAAACCAGAGGAGUUGAUAUACUCAAUGUACUUUUGGAUGAGUGUUCAAAAACUGAUUUGGACUUAUCAAAAUUAUCAGGAGUUGCGACUGACGGUGCUCCUUCGAUGAUUGGUGUCAAUUCUGGGCUAGUUACUUUGCUGCAAAAGCAUCUGCAAGAAAAAAACAUAAACGCUGAAGAUCUCAUGCAGUUUCACUGCAUUAUACACCAAGAAGCCCUCUGUUCUAAAAAAAUUGAAUUUCAAAAUGUCAUGAAAGUGGUAGUUUCGACUGUAAAUUUCAUAAAACCACGAGGACUCAAUCACAGGCAAUUCAAACAAUUCCUUGAUGACAUCGAAAGCGAAUAUGGAGAUUUACUGUAUUAUACAGAAGUACGGUGGCUAAGUCGUGGAUUGACACUGGAACGAUUUCUAAAUUUAAUAGAAGAAAUUGGAAUAUUUCUGGCGGAAAAGCAAAGGGAUGUCCCGGAACUUAAAAAUCCUGAUUGGUUGUGUGAUUUGGCUUUUUUAGUUGAUAUUACAAAUCAUUUGAAUGUCUUGAACACACGGCUUCAAGGCAAAAAUCAACUGAUAUCCCAGCUCUACGCUCAUUUGAAAAUGCGCCAGAGUCAAUGCAGUCAGAAAUUAUCAACAUUCAAAACGACCGAAGAUUUACGCAACAAAUUCAACGAAGGAGACUUGCUGAACUUUUACCGCUGCAUUGAUAAAAAUGCGUACAAAGAGUUGCGCAUAAACGCUCUGAAAUGUGCCAGCUUAUUUGGUUCUACCUAUAUAUGUGAACAAACCUUUUCAAUACUAAAUAAUAAUAAAACAAAAAAUCGAAACCGCCUUGCAAAUGAAAGUUUGGAAGCAGUUUUACGUGUUGCUACAAGUAAAUUUGAGCCAAAUAUAAAAAAGAUUGUAAGCACUAUGCAGUGUCACGCUUCAAAUUAA